CAAAUCGAAAGUAGCAUGAUACCCCCACAGAAAACAAAAACAUGGAGGGUAAAGAAAAACAUCAGUGUGAAGUCUGUCAAACUAACGUCUCAAAAUACAAAUGUCCAAAAUGUAUCAUCAAAUAUUGUUCUGUCAGCUGCUUUAAGUUACAUAAAGAAAGUGUUUGUAAGCCAAUGUUAACCCAGUCACAAAACAAAGAACCAAGAGUCACAGCUGAAUCAAAAACAGUUCCUAAGAAGAUUCCUGAUCUUGAUCUUGAGGAGACAGAUGACAGAGUCUCACCUGAGACACUGCAGUGUUUAAGAGAGAAUCCUGAUUUACUUUUGUCCUUGGAGAACCCCCACCUUCGGACUCUAAUGACAGACCUGGUGACCUCCCCCUUACCUUCACAGGACAUGGAGAAGGUGAUGAAGGAACCAAUAUUUCUGGAGUUUGCUGACCAGUGCCUGAAAGUCGUGGACAAUAACCAUCAGACAAAAUCACCUGAAGGCUGACACAUACAACAUUGAAAUGGAGAGACUUAAUUGUUUUGUCUGGAGACUAGUGAAUUGUUGUUUUGUUCAUGUAUUUUUCUUAAUUUCUUCAGUGCAGAUAUACAGGCAGAUAUGUGUUUCUUUCAUUCUAAAUUUUUUACAGUAAAAAUCUCUGUUCAAACUUUGACUAUUGAAGUCUACAAAGUGUAUACUGAUUAUUGUAGGCAUGGUACACACAAUUUUCAAACCUAGCUGUUAUUGUGAUAAUAAGCUAGGCACUGGAUAAUUUACAUGUACAUGUAAUUAUGUGCUGGUAGUAAUAAAUGUAAAUUUUAUGUCAGAGUUCCUUUUAAGAUACUUGUUUGGAAAUACUGUAUAAUACAAUUUAUCAGGUUUUUUCAUCAACAAUACUCUAAUUGUCCAUAUCAAGUAUUUUUGGAGAAGUAUAUUUUAGAUAAGUACUCAUGUCAUAUAGUGUGACUCAAAAUCACAAAGAUUGUGCAUCUUACUGAGCUAUUAACUUGACCUUUUUGCACUUGAAUUAUGACUUUUAGGUUAAUCACUUUAACUUUUAUCAUUUUUACCAGAUGCAUUCAUGGCAAUAAAUAUAAUCUUAUUUUAUUGAA